GCAGACAACACACCAACUGACGAAAUUGGAUUCGAAUUUGGAUUUCGUGUGAACUACACUGAAAAAGUUUGUGGCUUCGUGAGGUUUGAUCAUUCAAUCACGAGCACCUAUUGGAAUAAACCUGAUGAAGGACCGCAUUCGCCAUGUGAAUCCGAAGGGAAGAUGUCAAUCGUUCAUCCAGAGCUCCAUUAUACCCCACCUCCAUGGGCUUCUGUGCCUGAGCCUGGUCAAGGUUACAACGGGACCAUUGUUGGUUGUUUCGAUUUGGAUGUCAGAAAACACAGCACCUUUGUUGUGAUCGGACGUCUGCUAAACUGUGAUAUAGUACUCGAUCACCCUUCGAUUUCACGCUAUCAUUGUAUUCUACAAUAUGGUGACGAUCCGAUGGACCGCAAGGGUAAAGGAUGGCACAUCUACGAUAUGGGUAGUACUCAUGGUAGCAAGGCGAAUAAAAAGAAAGUACCGGCCAAGCAGUACAUGCGUAUUAUGGUUGGGUUCGUACUGCAGUUUGGAGGUUCAUUACGGUUUUCUGUUUCUCUUACUGCCUGUGCUGUGGUGCCUUCUUUCUCAUGCUUCCAAAUAACAUUGCAAUGGUCUCAAGGCGAGUACGCGACUAUCUUUCAGUAUGCUUGGGCAUCGGAUGACUUGUGGAAGCUAAAUGGUGAAAUCCUGGAAUCUAAGUUGGCACAAGUAGCCCGAAAGGAGUUUGAGGCAGAAAAGGCGAAAGACGCUGAAUCAGAAGGAAUAGACUGGGGCAUGGGAUUUGACGAAGAUGAUACACCGGCCGUAGAGCUGGACAUGGAUGGUCACUUGAUGGAGGAUCGCGAGCAGUAUUACCAGCGGAUCCUAAAAAAGCACUCUCAAAGUUUCGAUAUGAAUUUCCAGUUCUCAGAGCAAGGUUCAGGACAUACGCACAAAUGGUUAUGUACCAUUGAGCUUCCCAUCGAAAUCAAUGGUGUCGAUCGUACCUAUACGGCACAAGCGAUAGUUUCAACCUCGAAAAAGGACGCCCAAGUACAAUGCGCCUUGGAGGCGUGUCGAAUCCUCGAUAGUCACGGAGUUCUUAGAUCAUCAAGUUCUAAGGCCAGGACAAAGAGAAACGAGUUGGAAGAGAAUGAUUUCUAUGACGAAGAUGAUGACGAGUAUCUUGAUCGGACAGGUCAAAUUGAAAAGCAGAGAGAAAAGCGCAUGAUGUGGGCCAAGGUAUGA